CAGAGCCUGAAGUCAAAGGACUCCAAGACAGACCCUCCCAAAUCUGAGUCACGUGAUCACAAGACUACAGAGUUCUGUUGGAGGAGCGGCUAUGACGUCACAACACCAAAGGCCCAUGACCGAACAGAGAGUAAAGAUGGCAGCCUUGUUUUGACUUUGGAAAGAAAGAUCUCGGAUCUGGAACAGGAGAAGAAAGAUCUAAUUUCACAACUCCAGAAUCACCAUGGAAACGAUCAAGCCAGCAACAACAAUGUGCUGAUGGAAAGAAAAGUGGUUGAGUUGCUCAGACAAAAAUCAGAACUAGGUCAACAACUAAAGCGCUUGAAGCAAGAGAAAGACGAUCUGAUCUCACAGCAUGAAACUAAUACUAACCAGAUCGAGAAAAAGAAAGAAAAUUUAGCAAAUCUCCUCAAGAGUUUGAUCAAUCAACGCCAUGAAUCAAUCUCUUUGAUUCAGAAAUGUGCCGAUCAGUAUGAAACAACCGACCUCCUUCUCAGGCGUACUACGGAACGAUUACAAUCCUCACUGCGGGAGAAAUCAGAUCUUUUUGAAGAAAAACUCAGCCAUGAAAGUAAGGUUUCUCAUCUAAAAUCAGAGCUAAAACAUCUCGAGACAAAACUUAAGGUAAGAGCUAGUGCCAACAGUGAAGUCAAGAAAAAGUGUUCAUUCUUGAUAAUUAAUAUGUAA